AUGAGUAAUAAAAAAUACACAUCUAAAAAUUCAAAAAAUUUAAAAAAAAAGAAAAAAGAAAUAAAUCAUAAUAACGAGUGUGAUAAAUUAAGUGUCACAUCAACUUCUUAUAAUUUAAAUGAGAUAGACAAAAGUGAAAAAGAAUUUAGUAUAAAUGAGUGCAAAAUAGAAGAAAAUAUAACUAUCAAUGAAGGAAAAUUAGAAGAAAAUAUGAAUUAUGAAUUAACAAAUGAUUCUAUUAUUAGUAAUGAAAAAAUGAAUAAAUUCAUAAAAAUAGAAAAAAUACAUAAUAAUAAUCUUGUUGAUCAUGAUAAAGAAAAAUAUUAUAAAAGUACAAAUUACAUGAAUAUUUCAAGUGAUGAUUUAAAAAAUAAUAAAAUAGAAGAUGAAAAAAAAAAUUUUAAUUUAAAAAAUAAUAAUAAUAAUAAUAAUAAUAAUAAUAGAAAAUUCUCUAAUUUAAAAAAUAAAAAUAAUGAGAUAACAGCUAGUGAUAAACUUGGAAAAUUAAAAGAUAUUUUAUAUGAUCAGUUAAAGAAAAAAAAUAUGACUUUAGAUGAGAAAUUAAGGAAUAAAAAAAAUGAAAAAUCUAAAUUAGAAGAGGUUGUAAAAAGAGAGGGACUCGAACUAUUUAGAAUAAAUAAAGAAAUUGAAGAUUUAGAAAAAAAAGAACAAGAAGUAAUAGAGUCAUUACAAAGGAUACAUUGCAAGAAAAAUAUCUAUUUAAAUGAAAAUAUAGAGCUAAAAAAAAGUUACGAUAAUGAAUUAAUGAAUUUAAAAAAAGAAUUAAGUUAUUAUGCUGAAAUAUAUAAUAAAUAUAAUAAUAGUCUUUUAGAAAGAAAUAACUUAAAAAAAUAUUAUGAAUUUAUUAAUGCUAAUUCUAAAAUUAGAGAAAAUAUGCUUUCAUCAGAUAGACAGAUGAAAUUAAAAGAAAACAAAAUUAAUAAAAAAGAAAAUGUGAUUAGUAAAUUGAAUCAUCAAAUUAACGAGAUAAAAAAUAAUAAUGAUAUAAAAAAAAAUCUAUGCAAAAAUGAAGAAACAGAGGGUAAAAAUUUAGAAAAAUUAAUAAGUGAUGGAAAGAAAGAAUUACUACUUCUAAAAAAUGAAAAAAAAAGUAUCGUUAAAAAAUUAAAUGAAUCCAUUAAUCAAAUGAAGAAAAGAGAUGAAGCUAUUGAUGAAAUUAAUAGCAAAUUAAAUGAACUGAAAUUAAAUAUUAACGAUUUAGAAAAAAACAACGAAAAAUUACAUAGAGAAUUUGUACUUGAAAAAGAAAAAAAGGAAAAUUUUAAUAUGGAAUUUAAUAUAUUAAAAAAUGAUUUAAAAAAAUUAAAAAAAAAAAAAGAAGAUAUAGAGAAAGAUAUAGAUGAAAUAUCAACUUAUAACAAUAAAAUGAGAAUAGAAUUAAAUAAAGAAAAAAAAAAUUCUGAAGUUAUAUGUGACGAAAUAAAAAAUAUAAAUAAGGACAUAAUGAAUAAAGAGAGUUCAAUAAAGAUAAUAAAAAAUGAUAUUAGUAGAAAUAUUGAUAAAAUUAUAAAUGUUUAUACUGAAGAAAUAAAAGUAAACCAUUUUGCAUCUAAGAUAAAAAAUGAAGUGUCUUCUAUUAAAGAAAAUAUAAGUAAAAAAGAAAAUGAAAUAGAAAAUUAUAAAAAUGCAAUUGUUAGAAUAAAAAUUCAACAAAUUUUGGAAAAUACUAAAAUAGAAAAUAUGCAGAAAAAAAUGGGUAAAUUAGAAAAUGAAUUUAAUGAAAAAAAUAAUAUUCUAUCAAAUUAUGAAAACACAAUAAAAAAAAAUCAUUAUAUAAUUGAAAAUAAACAAGUAGAAGUAGAUAGAUUAAACGAAGAAUUUGAUAAAAAAAACAAAAAAAGUGAUGAUUUUGGAAAACCUGUAACUUCAGAAAUAAAAAUACAAAAAUUAAAUAAACAAAUUUCUUAUAUUUUAAAAGAAAGUAGAUUUUUAGAAAAACAGUGGUUCCUUAAACAAUCAAAUAUGGUAAAAAUACAAAAUGAUAAUGUUAAAAUAAAUGAUGAAAUAAUAAAAAACAAAGACUUAUGUGUAAUUUUAGAUCAAAAAAAAUGUGAGCUGCAAGAAAAUUUAAAAAAUGUACACAACAUAAUAAAAAAAUUAAAUAAAAACAUUUUAUAUAUCAGAUUACAACUAGAAAAAUUUGCAUCUAAGAAUAAUGAAACCUUAGAUAAAAUUAAAAAACUAGAAGAUGAUAUUUUAAAAUGGAAUGAAAAUUUAAAUAUAAAGGCAGAAGGAGAUAAAAAAAAGAAAGAAAACUUACAAAUUGAAAUAGAUGAAUUGAAAAAAGAAAAAAUGCAAUAUCAACAAGAUCUAUUAGAUUAUGAAAAUAAAAUUCUUAUUUUUGAAAAUAAAAUUAUAGAAGAAAGGAAAUUGCAGGAAAUAAUAAAGGAAUAUAUAGGAAAUAAAGAUAUAAUACAACUAAAAAAGCAAAUACAACAGAAAAAUACAAUUAUAGAAAAUAUGAAAAAACAACAAAACACAAUUCUAUCAAGCAUCCAAUUUGCUUUAAAUAAAAGAAAUGACUUAGAUAAUAAGAAGGAAAUUUUUCAAAAAAAUUAUGAAAGUGGUGUUAAUGUCUCUUUUAAAAUAUAUCAUGAAAUUUCUUUAAUAAAAAAAAAUUUUAAAGUAACAAAAAAUAAAAGGAAACAACUAAACAAUCAUCUAAUCGAAAUAAUAGAAAUACAUAAUAAUUUAUUAAAACAAGAAGAAGAUCAAAAAUUAAACUUGAAACAUCUAAAUGAAGAAUAUUACGCAUUUGAAGGUAUUCUAAAAAUUCAAAAUUAUCAGAAAAAACAUCGUUUUCAAGAAUUAUUAAAAUUUCAAAAAGCAAUGAAAAACAUGAAUUCAUUUGAAAACUUGAAAAUUCCUUAUGUUCAAAUAAAAGAAAAGUGUUCAACAUAUAAAAAAAAACUUUUAAUAAUUAAGAAUAAAUUAGAAAGUUUUAAUACAGAAAAUGAAAAUUAUAUUAAAUGUAUUUCUGUAAUUUUAGAAUGGAUAAUUAAUUAA